AUGCAAAUAGGUACAGUACACAAUAUGGCAGACGCAAGAGACGCGAGGAAAAAAAAAAAGGGUAUUUUGCGGGAAUCUGGACACUUGCAUAGCGUGGGUACUUUUCUUACGCAAGUUUUCACUCGGCCAUGGCAUCAAGGCCCCCAGGGAAGUUCCCGAAUGGGUCCCGUUAGGAAAGUCACCAACUCAAAGAGAAGAAAGAGACCCCAGAAAAAAGCAGGGCAAAUGGAGACGUUCCGCGGCGGAACGUGUGUCGUCGUGUGGGCCCAUCUGGCGCGGGAUCCAGCGACGAGCAUCAUUGUGCUCCAGCUGAGCUCCAUCUGGCGACAUGUCGAAAAACCUCGGCCUGGCCCUUUUGUGACUGCGACGGCAGAUACUCGGCAUCUGGGUAUGAGGAGUCGGAUGAGAAAACAGAGCCAACAAGAGAAAUGA